GGAAAUCCUCGGCUUCUCCCGCGCUUUCGCCCCCCGCCCCGCCCGGCGCCUAUAAAACCCGGCCAUCCUCCGACGACGAAUCCAUCGAGCAACACCAGCAGCAACAACAACAAUCUCAAUCCUCUGCUUUAGCCGUCGACCUCAUCCUCCUCCCCUGCGCCGGCGGUUGCAGGGAGAGGGCAGGGGAUUCACCCUAGCGUGCGCCCAGCCAUGGUGGUGAACAACAAGGUUGAGACCCUGGCGUUCGACCUGGAGGCGGGGCACGGGCCCGGGGCGAAGGCGGUGGCGGAUUCGGGGGCGCGUCAGCAGCAGCAGCGGCAGGCGGCGCCGGCGGGGAUGGUGCAGGUGGAGCUGCACAAGGUGUCGGCGCCGGAGCGGCGGACGACGGCGCGGGCGCUGGGGCAGCGGCUGGCGGAGAUCUUCUUCCCCGACGACCCCCUGCACCAGUUCAAGAACCAGUCGCUCGCCCGGAAGCUGGUGCUCGCGCUGCAGUACUUCUUCCCCAUCUUCCACUGGGGCUCCAACUACAGCCUCCGCCUCCUCCGCUCCGACGCCGUCGCCGGCCUCACCAUUGCCAGCCUCGCCAUCCCACAGGGCAUCAGCUACGCCAAGCUCGCCAACCUGCCGCCCAUCAUCGGCCUAUAUUCGAGCUUCGUGCCGCCGUUGAUCUACGCGCUGCUGGGGAGCUCGCGGGACCUGGCGGUGGGGCCUGUAUCCAUCGCGUCGCUGGUGAUGGGGUCCAUGCUCCGGGAGGCGGUGGCGCCGGAGCAGCAGCCCAUCCUGUACCUGCAGCUGGCCUUCACCGCCACCUUCUUCGCCGGCGUCUUCCAGGCCUCGCUGGGCUUCCUCCGCCUCGGGUUCAUCGUCGACUUCCUCUCCAAGGCCACGCUCACCGGGUUCAUGGGCGGCGCCGCCGUCAUCGUGUCCCUGCAGCAGCUCAAGGGCCUCCUCGGCAUCGUCCACUUCACCACCCACAUGGGCUUCGUCGACGUCAUGGCCUCCGUCGUCCGCCGCCACAGCGAGUGGCAGUGGCAGACCAUCGUCAUGGGCGUCGCCUUCCUCGCCAUCCUCCUCGGCACACGCCAAAUCAGCGCUCGGAAUCCACGGCUUUUCUGGGUGUCAGCGGCGGCUCCCCUGACGUCGGUGAUUGCCUCCACCGUCAUCUCCUACCUCUGCAGAGGCCACGGCAUCAGCAUCAUCGGCGACCUCCCGAGGGGAGUGAACCCUCCAUCCAUGAACAUGCUCGUCUUCAGCGGCUCCUACGUCGCCCUGGCCGUCAAGACCGGGAUCAUGACCGGCAUCCUGUCCCUCACCGAGGGGAUCGCGGUGGGCCGGACGUUCGCGUCGAUCAACAACUACAACGUGGACGGGAACAAGGAGAUGAUGGCGAUCGGGGUGAUGAACAUGGCGGGGUCCUGCGCCUCCUGCUACGUCACCACGGGCUCCUUCUCCCGCUCCGCCGUCAACUACAGCGCCGGGUGCCGGACGGCGGUGUCGAACAUCGUCAUGGCCUCCGCCGUCCUGGUGACGCUGCUCUUCCUGAUGCCGCUGUUCCACUACACCCCGAACGUGAUCCUGUCGGCCAUCAUCAUCACCGCCGUGGCCGGGCUGAUCGACGUCCGCGGCGCCGCCAAGCUGUGGAAGGUGGACAAGCUGGACUUCUGCGCGUGCGUGUCCGCCUUCCUCGGCGUGCUCCUCGUGUCCGUCCAGGUCGGGCUGUCGAUCGCCGUGGGCAUCUCGCUGUUCAAGAUCCUGCUGCAGGUGACCCGGCCCAACACCGUCGUCAUGGGGCUGGUCCCCGGCACGCAGAGCUACCGCAGCAUGGCGCAGUACCGCGAGGCCGUGCGCGUGCCGCCGUUCCUCGUCGUCGGCGUCGAGUCGGCCAUCUACUUCGCCAACUCCACCUACCUGGUGGAGCGGAUCAUGCGGUACCUCCGAGAGGAGGAGGAGCGCGCCGCCAAGGCCAACCUCUGCGGCGUCCGCUGCAUCGUCCUCGACAUGAGCGCGGUGACGGCGAUCGACACGAGCGGGCUGGACGCGCUGGCGGAGAUGAAGCGGGUGCUGGACAAGCGGGGCAUCGACCUGGUGCUGGCGAACCCGGUGGGGUCGGUGACGGAGAGGAUGUACAACUCGGUGGUGGGGGACACGUUCGGGUCGGACCGCAUCUUCUUCAGCGUCGCCGAGGCCGUCGCGGCGGCGCCGUACAAGGCGCAGCCCUGACACCGCCAUAGACCAGCAAGCAGUAGGGUGCAUAGAUGAAGAAGAAGGAGAAGAAGAGGAUUAAGAAGAAGAAGAAUUAAUCAGGAUGCAGAUCAGUGUGUGGUGUGCUUGAUGAAAGUUAAUCAGGAUGCAGAGUGUGGUUAGGGUAAUUACUUAAGGCCGGAAUAACGGCGGUGCUGAUCUCUCAUCUCUUCACUCCCGUGGAGAAGAGGUUUUUGUUUCUUGGAUGAAGAAAAUGUACCCCUAAUCAGCAUGCGCGCGGUUGUUGUUGUAGAAGGAGAAGAAGAUGUAAGGUGAUGCAGAUGUAAUCAAUGGAAGUUGGUUAAAUUUCGUAGUC